AUGGGAGAGUUACUCUGUGUAUUGCUGGGGGUAUUCCCUAGAGUGGUUUGUGAGUAUUUAGAUGUUUCUCCAGAGGACCUCACUAAAUUACCACCUCAUCGUGAGGUUGAGUUUUCUAUAGACCUAGUGCCAGUUUUUGUCGAUGAUAUUCUUACCCUCAGAGAAGAACAUGAGGUGCACCUUCACAUUGUGUUGCAAUUAGUUAUGGAGCACAGGUUGUAUGCUAAAUAUGAGAAAUGUGAGUUCUGGCUCUCUAAGGUGAGAUUCUUGGGUCACGUUGUUUCUAAGGAUGGGGUUGUUGUAGAUUCCUCGAAGAUUGAGGAAGUACAGAAUUGGGAGCAACCUAGGAACGCAUUUGAGAUUCGUAGAUUCUUAGGUCUUACCAGUUACUAUAGACGGUUUGUGAAAGACUUCUUCGCGUUAGCUUCUCCGUUGACUAGGCUAACGAGAAAGGGAGUGAAGUUUGUUUGGGAUAAAUCAUAUGAGAAAUCCUUCUUAGAGAUGAAGGCUAGACUAACUAUUGCACCAGUUUUAGUCAUUCUAGAAAGAGAUUUGGGUUAA